CAUUCUGGUCCUCGGCAAUAUGGCUGCCUCCUUGGUGUGCUGCUGAGGAGAAUUUGGCUCUCCGGAACAGUUUCCUUCAGCUUCUCAAACCCCGCUACUUGGGGAACUUCUCCGCGAAGAGGAACUACCCGCUGCCCGAGUCGGGGAACAUAAUGGGUCGAAUUGGGCGGCCGUCGCUGCAGCCGCGCAAAAAGCAGGCACCUCCGCGGGGGUAGGACGAUUAUUCCCCUCUGGCUGCACGCUGUCGGAAAUGGGCCCAGGAGGGAGAGUCUGAUCUCAUCGCUUGGUCCGGAGUGAUCCCCCGAGGGGUGAUCUUGUCGGCGGCGAGCUGCUUUCCGAGGACAGAUACAGCCAAGGCUGGAACAGAAAGAGGUGCCUACGGCCAAAUCGUUCGUUCCUUUCGGAAUUCAUCCUUACCCCGUUGGCUAGUUUUGCCUCAAAACGGGAGAUCAAAGUGCAAGCCUCUCCUUUGUAGCUGUGCCGGGCAAAGAAUCCAGCGCUCGGAUUCUUCAAACGCCUGAAUCCAGAUCGACUCACUGAAGUUCACAGUAUAUUCUGACAUCCCAUCAACAAUUAAGAAAAGAAAUCUUUUGUCUUAACGAGAGUAUAUGUUGAACUGCACUGCACUGCACAGCACAGUUGCUUGAGAAGCGAUACAUUUAUCCGACUCUCCCAACUUGGACAACCCUGAUUUCUCAACUUCUGCUUUUCCUGCGAUUUCUCUAGAGUAUGUAGAACAAGGCAUCAGCUUUAUUCUGAGCAAGAGAGCAAAGUGUGGUAUCGCUGCAGCUUUUCUACUUUAGCUCUGAUCCAAGUGCUCUGCUACAGAGCUACAUAGAAAGCCAUGUUUUCUAUCUAAAAUACUUUUAGACCGAUCAUAUCAAAACUUCGUUUCAAGUGUGCAUUGUCUGAUAGUAUUCUAAACUAAAUCAUUGUAUUGUGGGCAGGAACUUUUUUCAAUAAAAAGAGUUAUCUGUGAUCACCCUAUAUCUCUUGAAUAUUGAGAUAAUAUCCUGUUUCUGAAGAGGGAUAUAAAAAGAUCCAUGUGCACAUCUGUGAUCAUUGUUUCAACUAGACAACAAUAGAUCAUUGACUACUAGAUAGUUUCCCCUUGAAUAGUGAUUACAUUACUCCCUGAGAUUACCCAUUCUGCACAGGAAUUUCCCAGAUGCUGCACUAGGAACAUUGUCAUACAAUUUAACAGUAACAUUCAUACAUCUAUUUUGAAAAAAAAAGCAUAAAACAUAGAGUUAAACAACUAACAUAGUGUCUUGUUAUCCAGUUAAAACAUUUCCUUGGAGUAGUGAUUUUUCCCCUCUACUGGUUACACUGAUCUCUACUCUUCUUGAUGGAGUCUGAUAUGCUGCAGUCACCCCUUCUGGGCCUUGGGGAGGAAGAUGAGUCGGACAUGACGGACUGGAAUUUGCCUUUGGCCUUUAUGAAGAAGAGGCACUGUGAGAAAAUUGAGGGCUCCAAAUCACUGGCUCAGAGUUGGCGGAUGAAAGACCGGAUGAAGACUGUUAGUGUUGCCUUAGUACUGUGCCUGAAUGUUGGGGUGGAUCCUCCUGAUGUGGUAAAAACAACUCCAUGUGCUCGACUUGAAUGCUGGAUAGAUCCACUGUCAAUGGGGCCACAGAAAGCUCUAGAAACCAUUGGUGCAAAUUUGCAAAAACAGUAUGAAAAUUGGCAACCGAGGGCCCGGUACAAACAAAGUCUAGAUCCUACAGUUGAUGAAGUUAAGAAACUAUGUACUUCAUUGCGUCGAAAUGCCAAAGAAGAAAGAGUCCUUUUCCAUUAUAAUGGACAUGGUGUCCCCAGGCCAACAGUGAAUGGAGAAAUUUGGGUCUUUAAUAAG